UCUAGAUGGAGGAGAGGGUUCACAAAAUCAAAUAGGAGAAAAAUGAGGGAGACUGCGGAGCUUCUUCCCUCUCUUCACUGCUUUAGACUCGUUCUCUCUCUCUCUCUCUCUCUCUCUCUCUCUCUCUCUCUCUCUCUCGUUUGCUCAAAAUGAGGAUCACUGUCCGAUCAUUUCUGUUUGUAACAAUCUGUCGUGUCUUCCUCCUUCUCUGUUACUGCUCCGUUGCUUUUCAGACACCGAGAUUGGUUUCCAAUGGCGUUUAUGAGGCUCGGCUCCAAAUCCGAAGCCUUCCAUCGGGAAGGUCAAACAUGGCUUUGUACCACAGGGCUUGUAAGCGAUGUGACAAUAGAAGUCUUAGACAUGACAUUUCACCUCCAUAAGUUCCCAUUGCUAUCUCGAAGUGGACUUCUCGAGAAACUCAUCGAGGAGAGUUCAAAUGCCGAUGGCUCGGCUUGUGUUUUGAAGCUCGACGAUAUCCCGGGAGGAGGAAAAACGUUCGAGCUCGUGACCAAAUUCUGCUACGGUGUGAAAAUCGAGCUAACGGCUAUGAAUGUCGUCAGCCUCAGAUGUGCGUCCGAGUACCUUCAGAUGACGGAUAACUAUGGAGAUGGGAAUUUGGUCGGUAUGACCGAGGGUUUCCUCAACGAGGUGUUCGGAAACUGGACAGAUUCCAUCAAAGCUCUUCAAACGUGCGAAGAGGUCGUGAAUUACGCUGAAGAGCUUCACAUUAUCUCGAGGUGCGUCGAUUCCUUGGCUAUCAAGGCUUGUGCUGACCCGAGCCUUUUCAACUGGCCAGUUGGAGGGAAGAAUAUUAGUGCGCGGAUCAGAGAAGAUGAUGCCAGUUUGUGGAACGGAAUCUCGGCUUCCGGAAGGUGUCAACCUACUGGUGAAGAUUGGUGGUUCGAUGAUGCCUCAUGUCUCAGCUUAUUCCUGUUCAAAAGACUCGUUCUAGCCGUAGAAUCUCGAGGAAUGAAACCCGAGAGUAUAGCUUCGGCUGUCAUGUACUAUGCCAGGAGGCAUAUCCCUGUAAUGAACAGACAAGUGAACAUGGAUGAGCAAGUGUCGGUAGAGAUGUUAUCUCCUUCGGAAGCCGAGCAAAGGGUUUGUCUCGAAGAGAUCGUUGGCUUGCUUCCAAGCAAGAAAGGAGUAACCCCAACGAAAUUUCUUCUUCGGCUGCUUCAGACGGGUAUGGUGUUACAUGCAAGCCAGUCAUCUAGAGAAGAUCUCGAGAAACGGGUCGGUCUCCAGCUGGAUCAAGCUGCUCUCGUGGAUCUUCUCAUACCGAAUAUCGGCUACUCGGAGACACUUUACGAUAUAGAUUGCGUCCUGAGGAUGAUUGAGCAUUUCGUCUCGGCUGAACAAGGAGGAGGAGUCAUGGCUUCUCCUCCUUGCAUCAUGGAGGAAGGACAGCUGGUGAAAGAAGGGGCUGAUGCUCUAACGCCAUUGACAAUGGUGGCAAAUCUGAUAGAUGGGUAUCUAGCCGAGGUUGCUCCAGACGUUAACCUAAAGCUCGUGAAGUUCGAAGCCAUUGCUUCCGCCAUUCCCGACUAUGCAAGGCCCCUUGACGAUGGAGUUUAUCAUGCGGUAGACGUGUACUUGAAGGCGCAUCCAUGGAUCACGGAUUCAGAGAGAGAGCAGAUAUGCAGGCUGAUGAACUGCCAGAAACUCUCGUUGGAAGCCAGCACGCACGCAGCUCAGAACGAGAGGUUACCUCUUCGAGUAAUCGUUCAGGUUCUUUUCUUCGAGCAACUUAGGCUAAGAACGUCUAUAUCGGGAUGGUUCUUCGUCUCUGAAAACCUCGAGAACGGGGAAAACCCUAGCGGGACCGUGAAGGAACGGGUCUCGGAGCUCGAAAAGGAGUGCAUGAACAUGAAGCAAGAGCUACAGAAGCUGGUGAGGACGAAGAGGAGCUGGAAGAAUUUCACUAGGAAGUUGAACUUCAAGAAGAAAUCAGAGUGUUGCAAGCCAAAGGAUCAAACACCUACAGUUUAGAAAAAAAAAACUGAAAUUUAGAAUUCUUGGAAGAAAAAAAAACAUGUCAGAUCUUUCUGUUUUGUUGUUCUUGUAUGUUUUGUCUGUUUUUCUUUGCCUUAGUUUGAAAUAUUACUGAGAUUCUUCUC